AUGUCGCGCAACGCCGCUGCCCAGCCAGCACCCCCUGCUCACGUCAGCGUCGUGCGUCGACCACUGGGACCCAGCACAAAGUCCAACGUCGUUCCGACAGCCACAUCCACCGCCGCCCCCAUCCAGGCGGUCAAAACACAACUCAAGACAGAAGAUCGUCUAUCGAAAGCAGAAGCAAAGAUCCACGAUCUGCAACGCGAGAAGAUUGCUGCUCAGAAUGAGCUCGGCGACCUCCAGACCGAGCUACGACUCGCAGCGCAACGCGAAGCCAAGCUGAAGCACAGCUUGGACAAGUGGGAAAAGUCGCAUGCUGCGCUCAAGGAGAAGAGCAACAAGCUCUCUGACCUCCAGUCUCGGCUAGGAGAGCUGCACAAGGUGCACGAAGAGUCAAAAGCACGCCGGCAAAAGGAAAUCGAAGAGCUCACGGAGAAGCUUCGUAGGGAAGAAGAGAAGCGCAAGCACGACAUCGCCCAAGCUGCGCAUACGCUUGCCAGCGAGAAAACCAAGGCACGGGAGGCGCAGUCGAAGUGUGCUGCGAUCGAGGCGGAGCUCGGGCAUCUUCGAAUGCAAGGCAACGCAUCGUCUGAUAUUCUACAGGAAAAGCAGCGCUUGAUCGACGACUUGCAGGCGCAGAGCGAAUCGGACAAGAUCAUCGCCAUCGACGCGCAAAAGUAUGCUCGCAAAAUCGAGACCGAGCUCAGUGCACGCAUUCAAGAACUGCAGACACAGAUCGAGCGUAAGAGCAGAGAUAUGGAACGCAUCACAGCCGAGCAGCAAGCGGCAACGGAAGCGGCGUGCUCGAGACUCGAGGCCCAAAUCGACGAGCUUAUGGAAGACGUCGAUGAUAUCGAGCAGCAGCACGCGCACAACCUCGCCAUGGUCGCCAAGGCCGUUUCUCACCAAGUGGAUGCCCUGCAUCAGCAGUCUGCUCUCGAAAAGGAUGCAUUGCGGUGCAAGUGGCAUUGUAGCGUCACCGAGGCUAUCAAGAUCGAGACGCUGGCCAGUGAGCGUGCGGCCCAGAUCCACGAGCUCGUGGCUGUCGUCAAGCAGGUUCAGGACGACCGCGACACCGCCAAGCAGCUUGUUGCCAAUCUCGAAGCCGACCUGGUCAGCAUCUCUGCAGAGCUCUUGGCUGAACGUCAAUUUGCUUCACUCCUGAUCGAGCAACAGCAAGAACAGCAGCAGCGCAUCAACUCCAUCGACGCAAGCUCGAGCUUUGGAGAUCUCUCCGGACUCACUGCAGCUCUCGACACGGACGGCGCGACUUCUUCGCUGCUUCGUGCCGAGCUAGAAGACGUCCGCGCACGAAACACCUUGCUGCAGGAAGAAGCGGAGGAGCUGCAAGCACGAUACCUUUCCCGAUCCGCCGAGGCGAAGGCUGCAGAAGAAGCGCUCCUCGCAGCUCGAAGUCAGGUAGUGACCCUUCAGACUUCGGUCGCUGCCAAAACGCACGAAGUGGACAGCCUAGUAGCGCAGCUCUCUGAGCUCGAGCCACUGCGCAAACGUCUUGCUGCUGCCCAGGAGCAAGCCGUCACAGCUCGCAAAGAAGCAGAAAUUCAGUCGGAGGCGUCUCGCUCUCUCACUGCUUCUCUGCAAAACGCAAGGGUCGCCGAAAAGGCAUGGCGAGAAGAGCGCGAUCGCAUGGCAUUGCUGCUGGACCAAGCCGAGCACUUUGAGACGCUCUACCUUGAGCUUGUCGAGCAGAGCAAGCACCUCGUGCAACGCCAUGCGUUGGCCGAGGAGGAGAAAGCGGCGCUGUCGGCGCUCAAUUCCGAGCUGCUUAGCCACAACAACCCGAACCAGAAGAUCAUGUACAUGGACCGCAUCCGCCACGAGCUCGACGAUGUCAAGCAAGAGAAUUUGGGCUUGAGGCUGCAGUUGGAACGGAUGCAGGAGGAUAACAAAGUGUUGCAGAAGGAGCUGGGGAGCUACCGGGCAGUGGAUAUGCCGUUGAGCCAGAGGCCAAGGGCCGAGGUGACACGGGUGUUAAGGGCGGCGUCGGACCACGAGGGGCUGCUGAGGCAGGUGUCCGGGUCGGUACCAACCAAGGUGAGCGUCAACGCAGCGCCAGCCAUGGUCUCUACGCCGAGCAAGUCGACUUUCUCUGCUGCCGCGGCCAAGACGCCAUUCUCGAUGCAAGGACCACGGUUCACGGCUACACCGCUGCAUCCGGAAUUGCAAAAGACGCUUGGAGCCGACGACCGACAACAAGCUCAGGAACCAGCGGAAGAGACAUACGUAGCAAGUGGCGAAGUAUGGCCGCACCCACCGCUGCCUGUGGACACGGGUCUGUCGCCCAAAAAGAGACGAUCGUAUGGCAACCUCUCGGUGCACGCCACAGAAGAGAAUCUUCAGCAGCUUGCGGGAGACGAGGCCGAGGACGAUACUUUGCUUCCCCUCCCCUCCUCUGCUGAAGUGGAGGAUCACGAGGUUGCGCCGAGACCGCAAGAGGUCGCCGUUCGACGCAACCGGCCGCGUCACACUCUGGUCAACAGUGGAGCCCUGCGUCAUCAGCCGCAAUCCUCGUCUGUUCCUAUCUCUACAGCCAUGCCCAAAUCGGGCUCUGCUACAGCAAUCGCUUCCGAAGGCACCACUGCCAGUGCAGGUAACAAUCGCCGUCCCAGUCUGGCCACAUCUUCGCUGGGCGUCAAAGCACGCCGCGUUUCCGAGAUUGUACGAGCCUCGACCCCGCCUCUGGCCUCGAUUGCCGACUUUUCAAAUCUCGAGACUCCGCACGCUCACCUUCUGGUCGACGCCGCGCUCCCCUCUCCCUCGCCAUACGGCCUCGCGGACUGGACGGCUACCGACGAGACCUCGCACGUCCCGGGCCUCAACCCGCACCGCUCAGCGUACCCGGCCAUUGCGCACUCGACGCCUCUUGUCGCUACACAGCGUCCCGCGCAGCAGCAAAGUGGGAGAUCACGCUACUCGAACGCGCAACGCGUCGCAGUGUCGCUGGAGGACACGACGCUGUCCACUCCGCGCGCGAGAGGUCUCCUGCCUCCAGCGAGAAAGAAGUUGGUCGAAGUGCCACAGGCGGACGGCGCGAGUGUAUUUGAAGAUGAAAACGACUCGUUCCGCAAAGGUUGGAUGUACGACGAAGAGGACGAAGUCAGGGAGCUGCCCGAGUUCUCGAUCGAGCAGCAAGCAGUUCAGCCGGCGGCCAAGAAGCAAAAGUCGAAGCUCAAGCCUAGAGGGUCGAUGAAGAUCGUCAAACCGGGUCCGAUGGCGAGGACCUUCUUCCGCUAG